CAUAACAUUAUGUAAGUUGACAUUUGUGCUGGCUACUGUAUACUAGGGCUGUACUAGAAUAAUCGAAUAUUCGAAUAUUCGUUCGGUGGGGUGGCAUUCGAUUUUCAGUUUUGAGAUUCGACUAUUCUUUUUUUUUUUUUCAACACGUGACUUCCGUCGCGGACUCAUUCUCACUCAUGCUUGAACCGCCCGUUGGCGAACGUAGUGAUUUAUUUCAUCUCAUACUGAAUAGGUACAAAAUGCCCAAGACCUCAGCUGUUUGGGAGCACUUUAAAUUAAGUGAGGAUGACAAGACAAAGGCAGUGUGUCAAAUAUGCGAUUUGAAACUGGCCUACCACAACAGCACCACAAGUUUGAAAAAUCACCUGAGUUCUGUAAGUAGCACGCGACAAAAAAAAAAAAAACUGCUUUUAUGCGCUUAAUUUGCUAUGAUAAAUAGGCUAAUUGCAAAUACGACACUAUUUAAAAACAUACAGCAGCACAGGCUAAUAAUAAUUUGUUUAUAGGUACAUCCACAGGUAUCGCAGCCAUCAACAUGCUCAACAAAACCCAAAACUUCACAGCAGAUCCUGCAAUUCCGAAAACCGUUAACAGAGAAAAGAAAGAGAGAGAUAACAGAUGCCAUAGUGGAGUUUGUCGCUAUGGAUAUGAGGCCCGUUAAUGUAGUUGAAGGCGAAGGCUUCAGAAAAUUAAUGAAGAUAAUGGAGCCAGACUACACUGUCCCAAACCGUUCCAGUAUUUCAAACACCCUGUCUCUUAAAUACAGCGAUCUGCGAGGCCAAAUUUAUGCUCUCGUUGAAAAAGCUACGGCCUCAGGAGUGGGAACUCUCUGCCUUCGUUUUGGAAACCAAAGCAUUUGAGUCAAGCCAUACAGGAGUCAACAUUGCACAACAGCUUGGAGACGCGGCAGAUGCAUUCGCAAUUCCAAAUUACAAGCGGAUAGCCGUUGUUCACGACAAUGCCAGCAAUAUGAAGCUGUGCACCGAGACGCUGAAUAAAGAACCGGAGAAAUGGGGAACCGUUCAAGGGGUCUGCUGCUCAGGACACACGCUGCAACUAUGCAUAAAUGAAGCUCUGAAACUGGACCGAAUCCGUCGCACAGUUUCAGCUGCCAGGAAUCUCGUAGGGCACUUCAAAAAAGUGCCAAGGCUACAGCUGCUUUGAAAGAGAAACAAACGCAGCAGAACGUUGUACAACACAAACUCAUUCAAGAUGUUGCUACUCGUUGGAACUCUACGUAUGAAAUGCUUAACCGACUGGUGGAGCAGCGAUGGCCAGUGACAGCUGUUUUGUCAGAUCCCAGCAUCACUAAGAAAGGAAAUCGCACCCUUGACUUGACAGGAGACCAGUGGAAACUGGCACAAGAGACAUCAGAAUUACUUGGGCCCCUGCUCACACUCACAGAACUACUAUCACAGGAGGCAAACUUGUCGUUGUCAGCAACAGUGCCAAUGCUCUUUAACCUGAAGAAACGCCACCUGUCACCAGAAGAGGAUGACAGCCCUGCCAUCAGAGAAAUGAAGAAUACCCUUGUCAAGGAGAUCGACAGCAGAUGGGAACUGUUAAAUUUGGAACCCACCAGCAUCUAUCUCCUUUCUUCAGCACUAGACGUGAGAUUUAAGCACCUUAAAUUCCUUGAGGAUGAGGAGGAGGACCUGGUAUACAUUGAGGUUGUCAGACUAGCUGAACAUCUGCAUCAGCAACAGAUCGUUCGCAAGGGAGAAGAGCUGUCAGCAAGCCACGGAGAAGAGGAGACGGAUGCGCCACCACCACCCGCCAAAAAAAAACAGCAGGAGAUUUCAAUGCUGAUGCAGGCUGAUGACGAAGAGGAAGAAGAACGCGGAGACAGCGCAAAGACAGAGAUGGAGCAGUAUUUGAGAGAUGCUUCUAAAUUACAGUUGGGCCCACUGGCAUGGUGGAAGCAAAACAGUGACCGCUACCCUAAACUGGCAUUUGCAGCCAAACACCUUCUUUGCGUUCCGGCCACUUCAACUCCAUCAGAGCGCAUUUUCUCAAAAGCUGGCUACAUCGUCAACAAGACCCGAAGUUCCCUUUUACCAGAAAAUGUGGACAAACUCAUCUUCCUCGCACACAACAUGAAACGAGUAUAGGUAGUUUCACAAUAGUUUCCAACCACUGGGUUGCGAUUUAUAUAGGCUAAGUGUUUGAAAGAGCCUAAAUAUUUUUGUCAUUGAAAUGUGAGCUGUCUAGCUAGGCUAACAUUGCCUUGUUCUAUUUAACCUAUUACAGUUUAUUCUAUAUAAGGGAGUGAAUAAAAUUUAUUACAAUUACUUUAAAUUUAAAUAGCCAACCCGUUACGGUGUCAGUAAUUAUUACAUUUACGAAUAAUAAAUGAAUGUAGUUCAACGAACUGCAGGCUAAUAAUAAUAAAUAAAAAAAACACCGCAACAUGCUUUCAAUAAAAGCAUCGCGCAUUUUAAAGAUUUAAAUUAACAAAAAGUCAGAAUAAGACAAAAUAAAUCCCUUAUAUAGAAUAAAACUAAUUGUAAUAGAUAUUACAUUUUGUGUCAUUUUAAAAACAGUUCAUUUAUUCUUAUUCAACUGUUUAUAAGCAUGCUACCGUGUUCUUUAUUUAUUACAGUUCGUUGAAAUCACUGUGUGUUACUAAUUUAAUUUCUGUUUUGGGAUUCAUUUGUUUUAAAGAAAUGUUCAUUAUUAAUACCUUAUUAAAGUUCUUGCUCUCAACAGACUUUGUGUUUUGUAUCACUUGUGCACUGUCCGUUUUCGGAGCAUAAACCUGCCCGUGUAAUGCGUACCGGAAACUGUUCUAUUUAAAAGAUUAUUAAAUGUUUAUUAAUAUUUAAAGAAUGUGUGCCACCUGAUCAUAUUGCAACACUGCACUCCACUGGGUCUGCCGCAACACAUUUACGAUGCCGAAGAGUGAAACGUGAAGUUGUGAAAGAUGAUACAAAUGCAAACCGACACUAUUAUUAUAUAUUUAGCCCCACCCACCGAAGCUUCGAAUAUUCGAUAUUGAUUGCCCCCUAGGCUUCGAAGCUCAAAAAAUGGCAUU